AUGUCCACUCUCCAGGAGCAGAACAAGGCGGUGGUGCAGAAGUACUUCGAAGAGUACUGGGGCAAGGGCAACGUUUCCAUUGUGGACGAGGUGUGUGCCGACAACUUUGUUAUCGAUUAUCCCAUGCAUGGACCCCGGCGUGGUAAAGAAGCGGCGAAGAAAAUGCUGCUCGAAUUUCGCGAGGCGUUUCCGAAUAUUUCCUUCCACGCCUACAAAUUCCCUCUGAUUGCAGAGGGGGAUUAUGUAGUUGUUGGCACGCUCGACAAGGCAAAUACGGGGAGAGAGGUGUAUUUUUCAGGCACAACGAUUUUUACCUUGAAGGAUGGCAAGAUUGUGGACGAGAUUGGUGAAGAGCAAGCUCUGACUGCUCUGCAGCAGCUGGGACUAGUCUCGCCUCCCAAUCCGGGAAAGGAGAUCAAAUAUGAUGCGGAUGGGAAUCAUGUCUGA